AUGAUUUCUACUACACCUUCUGUUUCCUCUUACAUCUGCAACAGAAUCUACAACCUUUCACCCACACACUCUUCCAUUUCUCUCACCACAAACUUCCCUCAAAGACCCAUAUCCCAUAAACCCUUCGAUCCCAUCCUCAAGUCACAAAGUUUCACUCUUUCCCCCCUUACAAUUCAACCUCUUCAACCCCUAUUCGCUGCAGCAGAUGAAUUUGAAACUAAUGUAGACACCACAGUUUCUCAACAAGACGAACAAGAAACAGAAACAGAAACAGAACUGGAAACAUCUGAUGAACCAAAGAAAGAGAAAGAACAGAACGUGUCAACCUCGGACGAUGCUGGAAGACUCUAUGUUGGAAAUUUGCCGUUUUCGUUGACUUCUGCUCAAUUGUCUGAGAUCUUUGCAGAAGCUGGCACUGUCGUCUCUGUUCAGAUUAUGUAUGAUCGAGUUACAUCCCGAAGUAGAGGAUUUGCAUUUGUUACAAUGAAGAGUGUUGAAGAAGCUAAAGCAGCAAUUCAAAUGUUUGAUGGUGCUCUAGUUGGUGGUAGAAAUGCUAAGGUGAACUUUCCAGAAGUGCCUAAAGGAGGUGAAAGGUUAGUAAUGAGGAAAGAGAUGAGAAACAGCUACCAAGGCUUUGUAGACAGUCCUCACAAGAUCUAUGCUGGAAACCUUGGCUGGCAACUGAACUCUCAGGAUCUUAGAGAUGUCUUUGCUGAACAGCCGGGAUUAUUGGGUGCUAAAGUCAUCUAUGAGAAGGACAGUGGAAGAUCUCAAGGUUUUGGAUUCGUUAGUUUUGAAACUGCUGAGGAUUUACAGGCUGCUUUGAAUGCUAUGAACGGAGUGGUGGUUCAAGAUCGGCCGUUGCGAUUGUAUUUGGCUGCAGGGAGGAAUUCUUCAUCUUCUCCUCCAGUGAUUGAGGAAAGUACAGCAAGCAAUGUUGAUAGUUCGGAAUUGGUGUCUAGCUCAAGCACAUGA